CAAAUAUUUUAGAAUAACUUUAAAUUCAAAUUAUUCUCGUGCCAUCUAAAAUUGUUUCCAAACAAAAAAAUCGCAAGAGCUUGCCAGAACAUGAGUCUAUUGCGCAUGAGAUUCGGACACAACGUGCUAAGAUUGCCGUUCUUGAUUCCCACAUUUAAUAUCAUAAUCAAGCCGGUAGUUCCAUUGACAGCUGCCAAAUAUAAUGCGAUAGCGAUAAAAUCAACAAAGAUAUGCUGUGGAGCUUGCAGUCCACCCCUACAGUCAAGAGCAACACUACGCCAUUAUUCAUCCAGCACUAUUGCAGGCGACAUGGAAGAACACUGCGUUGUGCCAGAUGUCAUCCCCAAAGCGCCCAAGGAAAGCGCGUGCGUGGAAUAUGCUUGCGGAAUCUCGGUAAGACCGGGUAUGGUUUUGACCCCCACUCAGGUGAAGGACCCGCCGUGUGUCAAAUGGAAAGCAGACGCCAAACUUUUCUAUACGCUGUGCAUGACGGAUCCGGACGCACCCAGCCGCAAGGAUCCCAAAUUUCGUGAAUGGCAUCAUUGGCUCGUUGGCAACAUUCCGGGCAAUGCCAUCGUGAAGGGUGACGAGCUAUCGGCGUAUAUUGGUUCUGGUCCGCCAAAGGACACCGGCCUGCACCGCUACAUCUUCCUGGUGUACGAGCAGAAGUGCAAGGUCAACUUCGACGAGAAACGAUUGCCCAACAACAGCGGCGAUGGUCGCGGCGGCUUCAAGAUCGCCGAGUUCGCCAAGAAAUACAAUUUGUGCGACCCCAUUGCUGGCAAUUUCUUCCAAGCCGAAUACGAUGAUUACGUGCCGAUAUUGUACAAGCAACUAGGAGCUUGACAUUCAAGACUGGCUUCCAUUUGCCUAUUGUUGUGUAUUUGGCUGCUUUUUUAAUCACUUAAUAGUAUCAAGCAUGAUUUGAAAUAAAAUGUCUGUUGGGGUAAAAUAUGAUAUU